GACCUUACUUUACCGCCCAGACACCUAUCAGUGUGGCCAAGAAAGCAACUGGUAAAUUCCUCCCCUGGGAAACCGCCUGACAGCUCCCAACACCGAGGAACCAAGGACCCACAAGGACGAAGAGUAAGACGCAGAAGAACCAAGUCUGUACCUUCAACGCAUGACAUAAUGAUGGCUCUGAACCCCCUGGUGGUCCCUCUGACGGCGCUCCUUUUCCUCCUGGCCCCCCGACCGAGUGUUGGGGACGUAGAAGGGGACGACUAUGACCUGAACAAUGCGCCGGACUGGGACAACCUAGACCCCAAUGGCUUUGGAGAGAGUUACGACUAUGAUGAUCUGGACCAAGAGAUGGAGGUUGGUACACUGGCUCCUCCAGGACAGGAAGACCCUCCACAAGCUCAAGGGCCCUCUGAGCCCUCUGAGGGGGACGGGACCCCAGCUGCUCCGUCCCUGGCCUCUGCUCCGGUCCCACUGGACUUCAAGGAACCCGGCCUCUUCGGGCCCGAAACCGGCCUGGGCAUGCCCACCUGCCUGCUGUGUGUGUGUUUGAGUGGAAGUGUGUACUGCGACGACUCAGACCUGAAGACAAUCCCACCCCUCCCGAAGGACACCACCCACUUCUACGGUCGCUUCAACAAGAUCCAGCACGUCAGGAACACAGAUUUUAUCAACCUGAACAAGCUGAAAGGAAUCGACCUUACAGGGAACCAGAUCUCGGACAUGGGGGAGGACGUGUUCCGGAGUUCACCACAGUUAGAACAGAUCGUUCUGUCUGACAACCUCCUACAGGCCCUGCCAUGGCUUCCCGCCACCAUGCGGCACAUCGACGUCCGCAACAACAAACUGACUUCUGCUGGCAUGCAUCCGGAAGGAUUCAAGGAUAUGAGCCAACUAGAGUUCCUUUAUUUGUCCAACAACCAUCUGAGUUAUAUUCCCACACCCCUGCCUGAGAGCCUUCGAGCACUUCAUCUACAGAGCAACAACAUCCAGAGCCUGCAGGAGGACACGUUCUGUAACGCACAAGACCGCAGCUACAGCCGCCCCCACCUGGAGGACAUCCGGCUGGAUGCCAACCCAAUCCACCUCCACCUGUUCACAAGCUCCUACGCCUGCCUGCCGAGGCUGCCCCUGGGGGGCCGCUGAGGGCCCGAGGCUGGGGCCCACAAGGGUGUUGAGGAUGGGACGGGAAUGGAUGAUUGGUCAAUGUAGACAUUUUGUUGAUGUUCCCUUUUUUAUGCUGCUAUGUCUGAUCCAUGAUGAAUCGUGCUGAGAUUAAUGCAAAGAAGGGAGGGAGUCAUUUAGCAGGGGGUGAGUGACAGUAGGGAGGGGGAGGGAGGGAGGUAUGGAGGGGGAGUCAUUUAGCAUGGGGUCAGUGACACUAGGGAAGGAGGGGGAGUCAUUUAGCAUGGGGUGAGUGACAGUAGGGAGGGAGGGGGAGUCAUUUAGCAUGGGGUGAGUGACAGUAGGGAGGGAGGGAGGUGAGUCAUUAUGGGUCAUGGGAGGAUCUGACCAGGGUGGAAGGAGGAAGAUGAGUCAGACAUUGUGGAAUUGAUCUGAGCAUAACUCUAGAAAAACGUCAUGUUGUAUUGAACAUCAAUACUAUUGUAUUGCAGGCUACAAAUAUAGUUGCUUCAAUAUUUGUAUUUGGCACCAUUUCGAUCUUGGAGCAAUGAUGAGGGCGGAAAAACAUCAUGCUGGGAUUUUGACGACAAACGGUGGAGAAAUACAUUUUGAUGACUUGUUGGUCUCUCUAAUUAAAAACACAAUAGGAGGCAAUGCAGCACAUGUUAAUCAUUUCAUCUCAUGAUCAAAGUUGUAUAAGCUUUGUUAAUGUCUGAGACAUUAUGAAUAAUGUAUGAAUAAUGAGACCCAUGAAACUUGAAGGUAUACCUCCAAAUCCGUUCUACUGAUUUCCAACCGUUGGCCAUCACUCACAAAUUGGUGAAUUUUGAGUUCUGACAAAUAUGUUCCUGAUACAGUGUUACUUUUUUGAUGAUCAAGUGUCUGAAAAGUGAUGCACUCAUGUUGAUCGUAUAUAAAUGCUUUGAAAUUAUCUAAAGUAGUAAAGGUAAAGUCCGGAGUCCACGGCGGAGUAACACCAGACGUCCACAUGGUGGUGUCUCUCUCAAGUGUUUGGUGUCUUCCUAUAGCUGGCACUUCCCAUGGUAACUGCUUUAUAUAAUAUAAAAAUAAUCAAUUGUUUAUCUUAUCUAGCUUAUAUAAUAUAGAUUUAUGUUAGACUUAUGUUUUGCAAGCAAAGUAUUGUCAGAUACGUCACGUUUAUGACCAUGUUAUUUUGAUAUCAUGCAUGGUUCUUACAUUUCGAAAAUAUUUGAAGGCACACACACAACACAUUAGGUUUGAAUUAAAUGAUUUGAAUGUU